AUGGCAACUCAAACAUCGGAACACUCUGCUGAUACUGUUGCUCGUGCUUUUGUUGAUCAAUACUACCGCAUUCUACAUAUGUUUAUCGACCAGUCCUAUAGAUUUUACAAGGAUGAAAGUGUGUUAAGUUGGGCUCAGCCUGAUGGUGAACUGAAAUCCGCGACGACAACUGAUGGAAUAGCUGAGUUUAUCAAGUCAUCUCACUUUAAGAAUUCCAAGGUGGAAGUCGCGACGAUUGACUCCCAAGUAUCUGCUGCGGGAGGUUUUCUUGUGGUGGUUACAGCAACCUUGAUCGGGCAAGACGAAUCAAGAAAAAGUUUCUCUCAGACCUUUUUCCUCGCUCCACAGGAGAAAGGAUACUUUGUGUUGAACGAUAUUUUUCGUUUUGUUGGCGUUGUAGAAUCUUCAACGGUUGUCACAGAUAAGGACGAGGAAACAGCUUCAGUUGCUGCUUUGGAAGACAAAGUUGAAGAAAAUGUGAAGGCUAUUGAAAGCGAAGUUGGUGAAAAUGUCAACGAGGUGUCUGAGAAAUCAGAGGCUAAGGUUACAACUGAUGACGAAGUUGACAACAAACCUUCAGUCACUUCGAAUGAAACAGAACAACCCGUUGUUGAGACAACCUCGAAUGCUCCUAAAGUUACCUAUGCUUCAAUGAUGAAGAUGGGUAGGUCCGCGCCGCCAACCAAUGCCCCACACAGGGUUGUAAGGGUUGCUGCAAAUGCUGAUCUCCAUCCCGCGCCUAAGAAACCUCAAGCCAAUGGCUUACUGAAGGCGAUGGCUUCUAAUUCGAAUGGCAUGCCUAAAGCACAAGAACACAACAACAAUUCCGAUGAAGAAAUCGAGUGUAAAUCGGUAUAUAUUGGUGGCUUGCCAACCAACACAACAAGUAGCGAGCUCUACACGAUCGUUAGACAAUUUGGACCAGUUCACAGUCGUGACGUUCAAAUCAAAACUUACGAGGAGGACGGAUAUUGUUGUGGUUUCGUGCACUUUCAAGAUGUUGUGUCUGCUCGUAAUGCAGUUCAGAUGCAUCAUAUAAUUGUGAGGGGAAGAGAAGCUUAUAUAAGAUUCAAGCGAAACAAAGCGCGCGGUGAUAGGGCAACGUCUCCAUCGGGUAGGGGUGGAUUUCGCGAUGGAAAUGGUUAUGACUUGCGAAGUCGGCCUGAAAGUUCCGAGGGACGAAAGGGAGAAGGUUACCAGCAGAACUACAGAAGGAGGGAUUAGUGAGGUGGUGCUAAUUACAAUGGUGGCACCAACUUAUACUUAGUGUUGUAGCCUUGUUUGUAGGCUUACAUGUUGUAUCAAACUUUGUUUUGGUUUUCACUUCAUUUUGAAGUUACAUUAUUUGGUUUUGGAUUGAAA